AUUAAGAAUAUCGAAAAGGAGCUUAUUUGCCCAGCAUGCAAGGAGCUGUUUACACACCCGUUGAUUCUCCCCUGUCAGCACAGUGUCUGUCAUAAGUGUGUGAAAGAACUCUUAAUGUCUCUCGACGAUUCAUUCAAUGAUGUGGCAUCAGACAACUCCAAUCAGAGCAGCCCUCGACUCCGGAUCACCUCCCCUAGCAUGGAUAAAAUUGACAAAAUUAGCAGACCAGGCUGGAAGCGUAAUUCACUGACCCCAAGACCAACUAUGUUUCCUUGUCCUGGCUGUGAGCAUGAUGUGGAUCUUGGAGAGCGAGGAGUCAGCGGUCUGUUUCGAAAUUUCACUUUGGAAACAAUCGUUGAGAGAUACCGACAGGCUGCUAGGGCAGCCACAGCCAUUAUGUGUGACCUUUGUAAACCACCACCCCAGGAAUCUACCAAGAGCUGCAUGGACUGUAGUGCAAGCUUCUGCAAUGAAUGCUUCAAAAUCUAUCAUCCUUGGGGUACUGUAAAAGCCCAGCAUGAGUAUGUGGGUCCCACCACCAAUUUCAGACCCAAGGUUUUAAUGUGCCCAGAACAUGAGACAGAGAGAAUAAACAUGUACUGUGAACUGUGCAGAAGGCCUGUCUGCCACCUCUGUAAGUUGGGUGGGAAUCAUUCCAAUCACCGGGUGACCACCAUGAGCAGUGCCUACAAAAGCUUAAAGGAGAAGCUUUCAAAGGACAUUGAUUUCCUUAUUAGUAAGGAAAGCCAAGUGAAGAGUCAAAUUUCUGAACUGAACUUGUUAAUGAAAGAAACAGAGUGCAAUGGAGAGAGGGCGAAGGAAGAAGCACUGGCACAUUUUGAAAAGCUCUUUGAAAUCCUGGAAGACAGGAAGUCAUCUGUUCUGAAAGCCAUAGACACCUCUAAGAAGCUAAGACUAGACAAGUUCCACACGCAAGUGGAAGAGUACCAAGGCCUUCUAGAGAACAAUGGGCUUGUGGGAUACGCCCAGGAAGUAUUGAAGGAGACUGAUCAGUCUUGCUUUGUGCAGACAGCGAAGCAGCUCCAUCACAGAAUCCAGAAAGCUACAGAAUCUCUGAAGAGCUUUAGACCUGCGGCGCAGGCUUCUUUUGAAGACUAUGUCGUUAACACAUCCAAGCAGACAGAGGUGCUUGGAGAACUGUCCUUUUUCUCUAAUGGUGUAGACAUUCCUGAGAUCAAUGAGGAGCAAAGUAAAGUAUAUAAUAAUGCCUUGAUAAACUGGCACCAACCAGAAAAGGACAAAGCUGACAGCUAUGUUCUUGAAUACCGGAAGAUUAAUAGAGAUGAAGAAAUGAUGUCCUGGAAUGAGCUAGAAGUGCACGGCACAAGUAAAGUUGUCUCCAACCUUGAAAGCAACAGCCAUUAUGCUUUCCGAGUGAGAGCUUACAGAGGUUCGAUCUGCAGCCCCUGCAGCAGAGAGCUGGUUCUGCAUACUCCUCCAGCUCCAGUUUUCAGUUUCCUGUUUGAUGAGAAGUGUGGCUAUAAUAACGAGCACCUCCUGCUGAACCUGAAGAGAGACCGGGUGGAGAGCAGAGCUGGGUUUAAUGUUCUCCUGGCUGCGGAACGCAUCCAAGUGGGCUACUACACAAGCUUAGACUACAUCAUCGGAGAUGUGGGAAUAUCGAAAGGGAAACACUUCUGGGCAUGCCGUGUGGAGCCAUAUUCAUACCUGGUCAAAGUAGGGGUUGCCUCCAGCGACAAACUGCAAGAGUGGCUGCGGUCUCCCCGGGACACGGCUAGUCCAAGAUAUGAGCAAGACAGUGGGCAUGACAGUGGAAGCGAAGAUGCCUGUUUCGAUUCUUCACAACCUUUUACAUUAGUUACUAUAGGCAUGAAGAAAUUUUUUAUACCCAAGUCACCUACUUCUUCUAAUGAACCCGAAAAUAGAGUUCUUCCCAUGCCAACUAGUAUAGGGAUUUUCCUUGACUGUGAUAAAGGCAAAGUGAGCUUCUAUGAUACUGAUAACAUGAAAUGCCUGUAUGAGCGCCAGGUGGACUGUUCGCAUACAAUGUAUCCAGCAUUUGCCUUAAUGGGCAGUGGAGGAAUUCAGCUUGAAGAACCCAUCACAGCCAAGUAUCUGGAAUAUGAAGAGGAUGUGUAGCUUGUAUACCACAUGUGGCGAGGAUGAAAACCGUGAAGGAUGAAAACCGUGAACACAGCCAUGCCUUGGUGUUAGUCUUCGUAACUAAUUACAUAUCAUUUAUGUCUUCUGUCACCACACCUGUUUGUAGUGUUCGAUUCUUUAUCUUGUUUGGCUUUGACACACAGGGUCUUGCUAUGAAGCCCAGGGUGGCCUCAAACUCUGUCCUUCUGUUAUAGGCUCCAGAGUACUGGGAUUAUAGGUGGGCACCACCAUACGCAGCUAGUGUAUGAGUCUUUAACACUCAAAAGGCCUUCACAGACUUGUCCAUUUCAUGUCAUUGUUCUGCCUUUCACAAAUGGUGAGAGUGAAGGCAUUUUUGUCACAACUAGUCCCAGGUAGCCAACUUUACAGCUGGUCCUUCUCUUUGGAUACAAGGACUCUAAUUUAUUUAAGUCAGCUGAUGUUGCUAUUAUUUACAUUCCUUUCAUUUUUGGGGGACAGGGUGGAAUACAAAGUAUUUAUUGUGGUUCUUUGUGCUGAUUUUUUUCAUGUCCAAAGAGAAGAUAUUUUAAAUGACUAUUGAUAGGAAUUAGUCCUAAACCAUGCAUCUUGAACUUGUUGUUAAUAGGAAAAUAAAGUUACAGAUAGGUAAAAUGACAAAGGCCAUAAAAUGGUAGUAUAUUUAAGUAGAAAAUUAUGUAUUUUAAAGUGUGUAACUACUGAGUGUAUAUUGCGUGGCAAAUGAAUACUGCUUUUUUUUGUAGACCACAGACUUUAUUUAUUGUUACGGACAGCUCUAAGAGUUGCCUGGGCUGUAAGGCUCCUUAUUGGCAUAUGUAGCAAGCAUGGUCUGUCAUAGGAAACACAGGUUCUUGAACCUGUGCAACUUUUCACUGCAAUAUAAUUUUUCCAGAAAAUUUUAUCUUCAAAUUUUCUUACUUCAGAAAAUACUUGCAUUUAUAGCAAAGAAUUAUUUUUCAGAAAUAUUAGUGAAGAUGAACUGAUAGUGAACAACUGUCUUGUGAGUUUUGUGGUUUUGGCACAGAUGUUACACAUCAGGUUUUUCUGGCUUACGUUUACAAAUUUGAGAAGUUCAUUGUCUGUCUUAAUGGCAUUAAAAGACCAGACAUAUUACAUGUUACUAUUGUCCAGUUGGGUCGAAUUGUCUGUGGCUCAAUGUAAUCAUAAACAUUUUUAGAGCGAAUCAGUAAAACACAAAAUUAUUUAGAAAUAGUAACUAAAAUCAAAAGGAUUGUGUACAGUUAGUUUGAAGAAUUACACCUUUUCUAAAUUGGAUGUUAGUUCCUGCAAAAUUAUCUUCUAGGCACCAAAAUCAUCUUUUAAAUCGAUGAUUUUUAUUUGAACAGCCUUUUUAAAAAGGUAAAAUGUCCAGACACUAAGACUUACGCUUAUGGAAUGCUAACAUUUUAGUGGAGUAACCAAAAUUUUGGAAGCUCUUUAUCUUACUUUUUUUUUUUAUCGUUCUUAAUGGAAGUCUGCUAGGCUAAUCACACUGCAUCAGACCCACCACUGACUCCCCCACCCCCAUGUGGAUAGGUCUGGAGAACUUGCAUUUAGUGAUUGUCAUUCCUUUCCCAUAUAUCUAGCACUUUAUGACACAGGAAGCAAAGAGAAUGUGCAGUGUUACCUGGAUUAUUGUGCAAUAAAGCUGCUAAAGUCCCAUGUGUGUUGUCGUGUGAUACUCAAUACUCAUGUAAGCACAUGCCCUGUAGACAUUUGAAAAUAUAAAGCUUUAACAGGAGUCAGAAAAGGAAGCUGUUUCAAACACUGUAUCAUUGUAUAGAAAUUGCUCGGUGGAAUUUCAUAUUUAAUAAAAAAAUAAAAGGAAGUCAAGUGUGGUUAUUCAUAUCUGCACUCCAGGAAUUUUUACUAUGCUUCCUGAUUUUACUAUGCUUCCUGGAAAAGUGAAACAAAACACUUAUUAAAAGAUUCUUUGUGGCCCAUGUGAGGUUU